UAUCCUUGAGCGAUGCAGGCCACUGCAGUGCUGGAGACAGCUUCUGGUAAAGGCUGCCACAGAAAUGGAGGAAACAUCCAGAAAGAUGAGCCUUCUGAUCCUAAGAAAGAAAAUUUGUUGUCAUCUCUCAGUGGUUGUAAUGAAGCCAAAUUGACUUUUCUUGAUGAUGACUGGGAUUCCUUGGCAUUAGGAAAAAGAGCUAAUGACAAAGAAAUCAGCAGUAUUGACAAAAUAGAUUUAUUGGAACCAUCUUUUACUGUGAGUCCAGAUACUAACAGAGAGAGUACUCACUCUCAGUCAAGUGAGUUUGAAGAUAGUAUUGACUAUGCUUUCUUGAAUGAAACAUACUCUAUACAUUAUUCAGAGUCAAAACUAAAGAAUGAAAGUCUUACUCAUUUAAAUUCAGAAUUAGAUGCUGACAUGCAGAAAAGAGAGGAGGUGUUUUUUGAUAUUUUGGAACAUCAGGGUAAUAAGACUGUUGGCUUGGAAAGAAUGUACAAGAUUUCUGUUGACAAUCAUAAAGAAACUGCUGAAGAUGUGCAAAAGCAUGGCAUGGAUGAAGACUCACAGCAGGAAUAUCACAGUGCAGAAGAACAAGAGUAUAUAAACCACCAUUUAUCUUUUGACCAAACAACAACAUUAGACAUAUCUAACAUGGAAGUUUUGGGAUUAAGAAAUUCAGGUUAUGAAGUUAAAUGUGCUAGCAAUCUAGAAGAUAAUCAUGUUAAAUUGGGAAAUAAUUUUAGCAUCUCUUUAGAUUCAGUUGAUGUUUCUGGACAAGAUUCACCUCAUGUCUCCAAAUUUCUGAAUUCUGUUAUGUUAAGAGAAUAUCAUGAACCAAAGCAUGGAAAGUGUAAGGAACAAGAGACUAGUUCAACGUACCACACAGUAUUUGAUGAAAUUGUACUAAGGAGUAGCCCACUUGGACACCAGGAAUCUCAAUCUAAGAGUGGUUUCUUGAACCAUCAAAAAGCAUUAAAAACCAAAAUUUAUACUGGCAAAAUUAAAUCUCAAAUAACUGAAAGUAAAGAAUUUUGUGGAAAUUCAGUUGUUGAGAACAAAAUGUUACAGCACCUUAAAAAUCCAAGCACAUUACCGCAGGGCAAAGAUUUAGAGACAUUACUCCAACCCUCUAAAGAUUGUCAAACUUCCUGGACCUCUAUUUUUGAUAAUUCAGUAAUUUCUGACUGUGGCUAUUCACAUUAUGAAAGCCUACAAAACACCUCUAACCCAGCCUUAGAUUUUUCUGUUCUACCAAGGUCUGCGAUCAGAGAUAAUCAGGCAGUAGAAGAAGGUGGCUCCCCAAAAGCUGCUAAUGGCAAUGUCACCAAUAAAGCACGCUUUCACAACAUGGAAGGACUGUGCCCUGAAUCAGUGACCGAUGCAGCAGGUUGUACAGUCACAGUUAAUCAGACAGUGGAUGUUAGCACUGAUUUUAGGGCUUGUUUCACAACCAGCAGGGCAACAAGUGCAAGGUCUUCUGUAGUGUCUACGUCAAGCAACACGGAGAUAACAAUGAUGGAUGAAAAACAGCCUGGUGGAUGGCAAAGAGAGAAACGAAGUGUGGCUUGUAAUACGGAUUGGUCAUACAGUCAAGAUAAUGAGGACACGCAGAUGGCUGUGGCCAAAGGAUCUUUGGGAAAAUCUCUCUCGGUUGACAGUUUGAAACCUAAUGGAAAUUUCCUAAAUAAGAAUUCCCUGGAAUUAAGAAAAACCUGUGCUAUCACAGACUUAAGGAAACAUUCUGAAAGGGAACCUCAACUUUCUAAAGAGACAAAGUGCUGUCAGCAAAUAAUGCAGAGAGCCAUCAAAGCAGAGCUGCAUCUUUUGAAUGUUCACUAUCAAAUGUGUCAUCGCCACUGCAGUGAUAUUUACAAACUUGUAAUGGAAAAUAGGGAAGGAUUAAAUAGGAAUUUAUCAAGUAAUUCUGCUAAGAAGGAAUUAGGACCAGCACUGCUGUCAGUUUUAGGAGACUUAAAAGUUAGAUAUGUGAAUUUGAAAGAAAAAAUAAACAAAGGAAUACCACUAGAAGAGCUGCCUCCACUGUCAGUAGAAUCAAAAUUAUUAUCUACCUUCUCUACUUUUGCUUCCAGGUUAAUGAAAAAAGAAUCACAUGUCUUUUCAGAAGCAGAUUCUGAACUAGAUAAUCAAAGUACACGUGAUGCUGACAUUUCUUCGAGCCUAAAAAAGACACUUUCUCAAACGGCCCUAUUAUCUGACAACAGUCCUAAACAAGAUACAUCACCCAAGAAGGAUGGCUUAAAAACUAGUGAUAUAGAUGUAGACUUCAGUCAACUAAAACUUGAUGAUAAAGACUGCAAAAAUUACCAAGAAACAAGUGAAGACUGGUUUGAUGCUAAAGAGAACUUGACAGGAAUUGACUUCUCAGGAAUACAAGAACAUCAGACAGAACAGGACAAAGAGGGUCCGAAGUUUACACUAGAAAUGAAGAAUGCUGAACCCUUACGAAGAGAUAAAAGUUACUUGGUACAUGUUGGUGGUCUCUGCCCUUCAGUGUCGGAGGCUGAUUUAAGGUCUCAUUUCCAGAAAUACGAAAUUUCUGACAUUUCAAUUUAUGAUUCUUCUCCUAAUUACAGAUAUGCAUCUCUUGCUUUAAAAAAAAACAAUGAUGCAAGGAUGGCUGUGAAAGAAAUGAAUGGUAUAGAAAUAAAUGGGAAAUCAGUAAAUGUACGGCUUGUCAAAACUCCUGGAGAAUAUACGUCACCACUUUCCUCCAAAAAUGGAAAUAAAGUUAGUUUCAAUAAUUUGGAGAAAAGCAUCAGCAAAGAAAUCAACUCAACUGCUUCUAUUUCUAGAUUGCCCAGAACUAGGCCAAGGCAGCGGGGAUCUGAGCAAGACAGUGAGUUUUUCCCUUUUGACCAAAAGGGUGUCAAGAAGAAUUGUAAACAGAUUGAAUCUACUAAAUUAUUACCUGAUAUACCUAUUCAAUUCAUACCUCCAAAUACAUUGAAUUUGCGUAGCUUUACCAAGAUUAUGAAGAGACUGACUGAACUACAUCCAGAAGUUAGCAGAGACCAUAUUAUAGAUGCUCUUCAGGAAGUAAGAGCAAAUCAUAAAGGUUUUCUGAAUGGCUUAUCUAUCAGUACUAUUGUGGAAAUGACUUCCUCUGUUUUGGAAAACUCUGCUUCCAGUUAGGAAUAAAAGAAGCAAUAAGAGAAUUUCCUUGGGAAGCAUGAGUUCCCUCCUACAGAGAAUGUUCUGCAGCACUUAGGAAAACCUGUGGCACUAGCAAGAUGGUGUAAUCAAGUAGGCUUGAUAAGUGGAUUUAGCUGUUUAUGACAAUCUGCUUUAUAUAGCUAGUACUCUCUUAAAAUCUAGCAGCUGU